AUCUCGUCGCAUCAAUCGUAAUACAACUAAGUAAUUUAUUUUCGAUACCGUAAGAGGAAGAACCGCAAAACGGUAGGACUGACAAAUGAGCUUGGGAGAGAAGUACGUUAAGUACUAUUGCACCGGUAUAUUUAUGCGUGUAUGUAUUAUAUGGAAAAGUGUUGACGACGAUUACGUUGCCGCGCGAGGAAACGAUCGUUUCGUCUUUGGAACACGUGUGUCCUUAUCAGUGGUCAUUUUUCUCGCCGGCCACGAUAACGGUUUUGCGAAGCGUAAUUUCUGCUUGACGGGACGGUCUCACGACCUCCGAUAUUUUUUUGUAUGUGUAUUGACAUCCGUCAAAAUUCUUCCCGUAAUGUUAAUUCGCGCGAUUACAAAAUGAUUUUGAUUGCAAAACCUCAGCUCAAAGUUUUGGAUAAAAAUAAAUUACAUGUAUCUCGAAGGCCAGGAUGCACUGCAUGGUUACUGCUCGCCUUAUCGGUGGUAAUUUUUAUCGGCAUAUUUAGCCACCUGACGAACAAUAUCUACUUCCUAAUUAUCUUGCUUUUGGGCGAGAUUAUGUUCGGGCUAGAUAGUUUCGGAGAAUGGGAAGACUUGAUACUAUACAAGCAAGAGAAUAAAGCUAUUGUCCAAAAAGCUAUUUGGAGCGAUAAAUUAUGUUCGGGUAAUUCGGGUGAAAUCUCUCUGAUGAGACUCACCGACAUCCGACACGUUGGUGUCUCUACCGACAUGGGUCUCUUUAUCCUUCACAGAAAUGGACAGACUAUCACGCUUAGUAUGAGAGGUUUAACGAGAAAGGAAAUACAAACUCUAAGGAAGGAAAUCAACUAUUUCUUGAAUAUGAGUCGGCUCGAAAAUCUCGAUCUUUCCUUGAUUGCUUCUUCGGAUCGAUUAUUACUCUCUUCCGAUUCCGAAGAAUAUUUACCAAAUUUACCAAAAACGUGUCUACCUAUUAGCAACGAGCUUACUGUUUCGGAUAAUAUUUUGAACAAUAGCAAGCCAUGUCAUCGAGUGCAGCAGAAUCUAAGCUAUCCAACUCUAAUGUGUGGAGUACGACAUAGCUAUCAAUCAGCGAGUUUAAAAAGAGGCCUUUAUACAGAAAAUUCAAAACGUCUCGAUUAUAUUAAAUAUACCAGAAAUAUUUCUGCCAUUCCCAAUCUGUUAAAAGUUAACAAAGAACAUAAUUAAGUAUUCUUUGUUUGUGAAAUGUGUUCUUGUGAUAUUAUUGAGAUUUCUAUCUAAUUCACA